AAAAUGAAUUCUACGAUAUCUCAUGUGUACAAAUAUAUUAUCAACUUGGCCCAGAAACGAUGAUACUAAAUUUGAAAUUAGAUCUUUUGUAUCCUAUAUUAUCAAAAUAUUGUUCAGUGUACUUUCAAAAAUUUAAACAAAUGGUCAGCAGAGUGUGUGUGAAACGACGUAAAGUAGGUGGUAUGCAAGGCAUAAUUAUCGCAGUUGAAGGUUCCAUGAAUCCAAAUGUUAUUCAGCAUCAUAUCCAACAAUUAGUAUCUUAUAUGUCGCAUUAUAUUCGUGAUAUUUGUGAAACGGAUUAUGAGAAGUACAAGAUGAAGUUAAUUAUAGAUAAAUAUUCGAAGAUAUUAAAUUUAGAUAAAGCAGCUAAUAUAAUUUGGGAAGAGAUUGUUACUGAGAAAUAUGGUUUUGAUAGAGCAGAAGUUGAAAAAUCAUAUGUAAGACAAAUUACAAAGUAUGAUUUGAUUAUGUUUUACGAGGAAUUUAUAUGUGACAAAAAGACCAUAUUGUCAGUGCAUGUAUUGUCUAAACAUGAAGACAAAUUAAGUACUGCAAAUAUAUCAAAGACAAAAAAAUCUUUCACUGAGAAGAGCGAAUCAUCAGAUAACAAACUUUCUGAAUCAGUAAUUUCUAUAUUGAAAAAACAUAACAUCUCCAAAGCACCUGUUAAGAAAAUCGACAACAUUGUAAUGUUUAAACAAACUUGUAAUUAUCAUAAACAGAAGCCGUUAAUUUCUACAUUUCGUACAAAAAGCAAACUUCCAUGUCGAAAAAUAUACGAAAUCGACAUUUCUAGCGAAUUUGAAUAACCCAAACAAGUUAACAAAUAAGUUUGUUCUUAAUAUAAAGUAAAUCUUUAUAUCAAUUUUAAUUGAUUAUAAACAUUUAUUUGUGUCUUAAGAUACACUGGAAUAUGGCAUAGUAUCAUGUUAAGAUUGUAAUUCGUUGACCGAACUAAAUGUAUUAAUUUCAUUUUAUCAUUAAUAUGAAUAACAUAUAAGUAAUGAAAG